AUGCAGCCGAUACUCUCUACCAGACCACUAGAUAAAGUACUGGUCGAUUUUUAUGGUCCCCUUCCCACUGGAAUGUUUCAAUUCACAUAUAUCUUCGUCGUCAUGGAUAAUUUCACUCGGUUCGUCAAACUAUAUCCCCUCCGAAAGGCCAACGCCAAAAUUUGUAUUAAAAAAUUGACUACCGAUUAUUUUCCUACCUAUGGUAUUCCUAAAAAUAUUGUCUCUGAUCACGGUCGGCAGUUCAUCAGCCAACAUUGGCAAACUACAUUGAAGAAGUACAAAAUUCAGGUCACUCAUACUAGUAUCUACCACCCACAGUCUAACCCUGCGGAAAGAGUUAUGAGAGACCUUGGCCGUAUGUUUAGGACCUAUUGUCACUCCAAGCACUCUAACUGGCCCCAGUACGUUCCGUACAUUGAGUGGACAUUAAAUAACGUCUAUCACGAGUCCACUGCCCACUCUCCCUCAGAACUUUUCCUCAGAAAUGUACCACACAACCCCCUUUCACAAUUUAUACACUUUCCUAAUAAUGAUUUUCCCCCAAAUUAUAAACAUCAAUUAACCCUAGCCCAUGAAAUACAAUUAACAAAAUCCGAAGCCCGUAAAAAACGUCAUGAUAAAACAAUUAAUGCUCCCCUUUUUAAAAUUAAUGAUCUCAUUCUUGUAAAAACACACCGAUUAAGUAGUCAAAUUGACAAAAAAAUCUCAAAAUUUUUCCUUCUAUAUGAUAGUCCUUAUAAAAUUAAAAGUAUUAAGACUGUAAAUGCUUAUGAAUUAGUUGGUCCGGAGGAUGACACGCCACGAGGUACCCAUAAUAUUGUUCACCUAAAGCCGUACAAACCACCCACCAUGGUAACACCACCCUAG